AGAACAUCCUGUGCCCGUCGCCGGAUACAGCGCUGGAGGGAGGAGGGGGCGCGGAGGCGGAGGUUCUGAUUUUGGCUCCCUGAGUUCUGGGUUUCACUGGAGGUUCCAAUUCCGGAAGCUUCUGCCUGGGGUGCCUGGGGUCCAAGCUCCCCACCUGAGGGGGAGCUGGGAAGCAUGGAUUUCAAGGACUUUAGACUCCGAAAGGGUGUGGUGGGCCUGGCCACAGGGGCAGGUGCCAUCUACCUGCUCUACAAGGCCAUCAAGGCUGGCAUGAGCAGUCGUUCAUCCUGCCCAACAUCACCCGUCUGCAUUGCCCGCCUGGCCAUUGAGCGAGAGAGGCAUGGAAAGGACUCUGGAGAGCUUCGAAGGCUCCUCAACUCACUGGAAAACAAACAGGAUGAGUACUCCAAGGGCAUGAUUCUUCACAGCAUCACCCGGUGUGUCUACUUGUUGGAAGCUGAAGCCUGUACCUGCACCUUUGAGGACAUCAGGUUGGUGGGCUGCCUGCUUGAUGACAAGGACAACGGUGUCAAAAUCCAAGCUCUCAAUGCUCUGAAGGCUUUCUCUGGUAUAAGGAAGUUCAGGCUUAAGAUUCAGGUGAACCCAGGGGCAAGUGAUAAAGGGGCAAUCUUGGGGAGGAUGAGGAAGGCCCUGGAACCUGGGCUUAAGGCUGGUCAGAGUCUCCUAUGGCAACAUUCAGGGAGGACGGAUAAGGACCAUCAUGAUGGGGAUGGUGACUUUGCUGGUGGGGAUGGUGGGCUGGGUGAGGGCUCCAAAUGGCAGCAUGGAUG